CUGGUUGGACAUCUCUCUUGCAGCAACGCCCACUGCAACCACUCUGCUCCAAUUGGCUGUAUUGUAAUAUACGCCAUCGAGAUCCUUUUGUCUACCUUCGUUCUAUUGUUCACUAUUGCCCUAAAUAGUCGCUCGACAUGAAGCGUGGUCAGUUCUUCAACAACAAACUGUCACGAAGCAACGAUAUGAGCAACACCGACAUUGAGACAGCCAAGUGGGUUCUGAAGAUGGAACAGACUCCGGACGCCGCGAUGUUCAACAGAACCUCGCCGUCUGUGUCUCCCCGGCCGUCCUCACCGACAUCGUCCUGGUCCAGCGGCGGCUCGCCCGCCCCCUCCUCACCCUCCUCCCGCUCCCGUCCGGGGAAGAUCAGGAGGAGCAAGAGUCUGAAGAAAGCCGAGAAGCAGUUAUCGGAGGAAGAACUCCAGGAGCUCCGUCUGAAAGUCAACCAUCGGGAGAGGAAGAGAAUGCACGACCUGAACUCGGCGCUGGACGGGUUGCGGGAAGUCAUGCCGUACGCGCACGGUCCGUCCGUCAGGAAACUCUCCAAAAUCGCCACGCUGCUGCUGGCCAAGAACUACAUCCUCAUGCUCAACAGUUCCUUGGAGGAGAUGAAGCGGCUCGUGAGUGACAUUCAACACACUCGCCGCGCCGGACUGCCCUCAACCACCCUCCCCACACCAUCAGGGGCCGCCGUACCGCCCUUCCACAGGCUGGCCAUGCCUCCGACCCCGAUCGUUCCUCCACACACUCCGGUGAGCAGCAGUACCGUACCGACGAGCAGCGCCUUCGGCUCCAGUCAUCACCAUGCCCGAAGCCCCUUCAGCCCGUGGCCGCUGCCCUGUGCGUGUCCGCAGUGCCCGCCCGACGCCAGCAAUCGCCUGCCCUUUGGAAAGCUCCCAACCUUCACCAGGUGACAGCAGUGUAUUGCAGACUACUGAACUGUAUCAUAGAAUGGACAUGUCGUUUAGUUUAAAGUACAUGCAUAUACUGCAAAGAAAUAGUCCCAUUGAUUUCGUAUCAAGCAAUGCCUAGUCAUACAGUGUCAAGCAAUGUGCAAACGCAUUUUCAAGUACAAUGUACAAUACCUGAUAUCGAUAGGGUAGUAUUUUCUUUGAAAUAUGUACACCGUUUUACCGAAAUAUGGGCUUUGGUUCUGUCAAGAUAUUGUGCCUGACAAAAGUGCCUUUGUUUUAAAUGUAAGGAUCCUGAACAGCAAGGUUCUGUGCUCACUGAUUUCGUCAGUAUAGAUAAUUUCCAGUUUAUUCUACUCCGUAUACUGUACUUGGCCGGUCAUGUAAAGACUACAACGUGGACAUUUAAACUGUGACUACAUGUACAUGAAUUCUCAGGUUGUUCGAAAACGAGCACAUGUGUGUAAAUAUCUAUGGAAUUUGUGUUGUACAAAGCGAUAUUAAAUUUACUUAUAUAUGAAAUGAA